GCAGUCGUCGUGAGAAAAUCGCUGCGGGAGUUGUGCGUUGAAAAAGUCAAUUGAAACGCCAUUUGAAAAAGAAAAGAAAAGGUGGCUCCUGGAAGUUAGAAGGCAAAUAAACAAAUAAAAAAAUUAAAUUACAUUUGCAGUUGCCGUGCCUCAAAUUUCCAAUAGGGCUAACACACAAGCUGAAAACUUCCAACGCCAACGCAAAAAAGUGCAACUGCGACGACGACGUCAGCAGCGACGUCGGCGUCGACAAAAUGUAUACAACUGUGUUGCAACGGCAGCGCCUGUGAACCCGAACAAUUGUUACCAGAGCGACAGGCUGUAAAUGCAUAAGACGAACAAGUGGGUAGAGGGGCAGUAGCUAAACGAGGUCCAGUCGAAAAUUGAAUAAAAAGCUCCAGUAUGAGCUAUGUGAGAGGCGGCCCGGCUGCUAGCCUGAAUUUGGAUCAUGCGCUCAGCUGUCGGGAGUUUGAGCAUUUGCGAAGCAACCUAGAGGCUGGCAUCUUCAGGCAGCGCCUGCAUGCCGCAGAGAAUCUAUACCAGCGCAAUCUCGCGGGGCACUAUGGUUGUGUCAAUGCCCUGGAGUUUAACCAUGGUGGAGAGUACCUGGCAUCGGGUGGAGACGACAAGCGGGUUCUGCUCUGGCAUGUAGAUCAGACGCUGGCAAACGUGGGCCAGGACAACCCAAGCGUUAUGUAUGGGGAGCAUGCAAGCAACAUUUUUUGCCUAGGCUUUGACACAGACAACAAGUAUUUGUUCUCCGGCGGCAAUGAUGACCUGGUCAUUCAGCACGACCUGGGCACCGGCAAGAAUCUUAAUUACUUUUCACAUGACGGACCCGUCUAUGGCCUAAGUGUGGACCGCACCAGCACCAAUAUGUUUAGUGUGGCCACGGAGCAUGGAGAAAUCCUUGUCUAUGAUCUGCGCGUGGGCAAGAAUGAACCAUUGGCCAUAGCCAAGUUUCGCACGCCAUUUAAUGCAGUCGAGUUUCAUCCACUAAACGGCAACUUUUUGGCCACAGCCAAUGCCAAACGUGGUGCACAGAUGUGGGAUCUGCGACAUCAUACACAGGCACUUUGCCAGUAUAACUACAUAACUGAAUCCCCCAGCUGCAUGAGUGUGCGCUUUAACUGCAAUGGUAGCCUUUUGCUCACCCUACACCGCCGCUUGCCGCCCAUUCUGUACAAUCCGAGCUCGUCCGACCCGUUGUGCUCGUUUUACCACGAUGAAUACUUCAAUUCGUGCACCAUGAAGAGCUGCACCUUUGCUGGCCCGCAGGACGAGUUGGUGGUUUCCGGCUCGGAUAACUUUAAUAUGUUCAUCUGGCGGCUGGACGGAAUCGACCUGGAGGAAAAGAAUCAAUGGAUUGAUACGACACCUGUCAUCCUGACCGGCCAUCGAUCUAUUGUUAACCAGGUGCGCUACAAUCGCCAGCGUUGCCUGCUGGCUUCGUCGGGUGUGGAAAAGAUUAUCAAGUUCUGGAGCCCAUUUGCACAGCAUGGCUGGGAGGGUGCACUGAUUGAACCAUCCGAUACGCCCUAUUGCACACGGAUGCUUCAUCGCAACGCCACCGAUCAAGUAUCGCAAGACUUUAGCUCGCGCAAUAUGGACGAGGACCAGGUGAUGCUGGCCUUUUUUGAUACGCUGGUGCAACGUGAACUGGAGAACUGGAACAGCAACAGCAGCAGUGGCAACGGCAACGACAAUGAUCAAGAGACCACCAGCGGCAGCGACAGCAGCUCGGGCUCGUCCACGGAACGCAGCGAGAGCAGCACUCAGUCGGAGGAACAGAGCGAAGUGGACACACCCAAUGUCAGCGAGCUCAGCUGGCAGACGCAUCCAAAUCGCAUCUUCUAUUUGGUGGCAAAAAAGCGGCGAGCACUGCUGCAGCUGGCGGUCAAGGGCACUGGGGGCCAGCACCGCAAUGUGGAGCAGCUGCUGGCUCGGCUGCUGGGCGAGCAGCGGCAGGCAGCCACACAAGCGCGCAUCAGUGAAUGGCUGGAGGAAACGCACCGGCUGUUCGGUGAUGACGAGCUACCCACCACAUCGGCAGAGGCGGCUGCUCGGGAACGUAGUCGUCGGGAUAUCAUUUCCCAGCCAGCCAUCCGGAGUCCUCGCAAGCCGCCCGAGUUGCGCAUGAAUUUGAAUUUCUCCGUAGUUGGCUCCCUGCAGGCCAGUUUCGAGCAGCUGGAGCGCAAGCGUAAGCUAAUGCGGCUGCGUUUCGCAGCCAUCAAGCGAAGACGCAAUGUGAGACGUCCACGCCGAGGUCGGCAGGAGACUGACAGCGCCAUGUCCUAUGAUACCGAAUGGCUGGAUGAUGAUGACGAUAAUGAGCCGGAAGUUAAUCAAGAGAACACUGUCGAGGAGAACAACAGCAACAGCAACAGCACUCCCGAUGAUGAUACAUCCAACACAUCAAUGGAGGCACAACUGUCGCAGGCGCCGAGCACCUCAAACUCUGAGAAUAACAACAAAAGGCGCAAUGGUAUCCAUUCGGAGCCAACUACAUCGACGGUCGCAACCCAAACAAAUUUUUAAAUACAUUCAAGAAGAGGU